AUGGAUAUUCGUUCCCUUUCCAGAAAAGCGGACGCCGAAUUGGAUCAGAUUGAAAAGCAAAUAAAUGAACGAAAAGAAAUCGCUCGACGACUUGUUGGAACACACGACGAUGCGAUUUGUCAGAUAUGUCAGAAAACGAAAUUCGCUGACGGUAUUGGUCACAAAUGUUUCUACUGCCAACUGCGAAGUUGUGCACGUUGUGGAGGCCGAUCUCAGAGUAAGAGCAAGGCCAUAUGGGCGUGUUCAUUGUGUCAGAAACGACAGCAAAUUCUGGCGAAAACUGGCAAGUGGUUCCAACCGGAUGAAGCACAGCAUAAGCUGAGCAAUGCCGGACAGGAAAGCCCUUGUCAAAGCGUUAGCCCAACUCCAUCGUUUACACAGUCGUCGCAACCUGCGGUGUCACAACCCGCGCCUGUUUCAAUGCCCGUUCCUCAGGCUCAACGAGUUGAUGCGGCUAAGGUGGCACCAUCUCAGCAACCGUUGCCUCCUCAACAGCAGAGCACGGCAAGCUCAUCGCAGCCUACUCCAAAACCAGUUCAAGAAGCUCCUCGCUCUGGCGUGAACGGCCCAUCGUCGGAGAGACAACAGGAAAGGUUCGGGGAAGUACGAAGGCAAAACACGUUGCAGCGGCAGCCAAGCCUCACCGAUGACAAAUGUCGUCAGCAGGGAAACGGUGCGCUACCGCAGCAACAGUCAACGAUGCCAAGAGUAACGGAACCAAAUCGGACGGAACCUUCCCGACAAAGGCCGAAAACCAUGGUUGAACCAGACGAGACUGGAAAGUCAAAACUUGGCGAUAAACGAAGCUCUCAAAGUUCACGUGCUCGAGAGGAUAAAAGGCACAAAGAAAGCAGACCGGUGUUCUACACGGAACCUGACAGUCGAUUCGAGGACACUAAAAGUGACAGGUAUUCGGUUCAUGGUUUCUAUUAG